CAGGUUUAGGCUUUCUUGAUGGGUGCCUCUGCAAAAUGGAUUAAAUCAUUAAUUGGCUUUCAAAAGGCCAAUUCCAACAGCACAGAUCAAGAGAAAGUUGGGGGUAACAAGAUAAGGACAUGGAAGCUAUGGAGGAGUCCGUCAGCUGGGUGUUCUUCAGUGUCAUCAUCUUCAAAGGGAAUGAAAGGAGGAGGACGAUUGUCUACUUCUGAUGCUUCUCGUGCUGAAGAUGUUUCGUUCUCUGCUGCUGUUGCGACUGUGGUUCGGGCACAGCCUAAAGAUUUCAUGGCUGUUAGGCAAGAAUGGGCUGCCAUUCGAAUUCAAUCUGUUUUUCGCUCUUUUUUGGCAAGACAAGCGUUAAGGGCACUGAAAGCGUUAGUGAGGCUCCAGGCCAUCGUUAGAGGUCGACUAGUUAGAAAGCAAGCCGAUGUGACCCUUAGGUGCAUGCAGGCUCUUGUUAGAGCUCAGGCUCGAGCCAGAGCUCAAUCUGCUCGGACUACAUCAGAAAAUCCUGCUGCUUUGAGAAGCCAGUCUGAGGGUGGAUGGUGUGAUAGUUAUGGAACAGCCGAAGAAGUGAGAGCUAAAGAACGUAUGAAACAAGAUGGUGCCAUCAAGAGGGAUAGAGCUAAUGUUUAUGCCUUUUAUCAGCAGCGACCAAGAACAAAUCCCAACUCAAUUUCCGGGAAAAACAAGACUGCUUCUCCUAGAUCAGUCAAGCAAAACAACGAAUGGAGCUGGCUGAAUGGUUGGAUGGCUAGCAAAUCUUGGGACAACAAUUCCCAUAAUAAUGUUGCAUCUGAAAUAAAGAAUUCUGAUGAUCGUAGUGUUAAAUCUUGCUCUUAUUCCAGUGAACGUGAUUCUUUAAAGAUUCGAAGGAAUCUAGUUUCAACCAGGGUUUCUGCAAAGCCGUUUAUCUCAAGUCCAAUCACACAAUCAUCCUCAACAAACCCAUCUUCUGGUUCCGUGUUUAACGAAAGCACAUCCUCAACCAAUUCUUCAUCCGCAACUUCCGAAACACGGGUGUCAAGUAAAGAACGAAGUGUUAGCAAACCGAGCUACAUGAGUCUCACGGAGUCCAUUAAAGCUAAACGGCAAGGGUACAAUUACUCAACUCAUGGUCACAAAUCAAAAGGCGGACUUUCAAACGGGGCAACAGUAACAGCAAGAAAGAGUGCUGAUUCGGAUCUUUAUUCAUCUGAAACGGGUAAGGACUUGUAUCCACCCAUUUUCAUCGAUAGAUAUGAUGAAGUUAAAAGCCGAAAAGGAUUGAAAGAAAAGUAGAAUUCUUUAACAAGACUCUGAAUUUGGUGAUACUUUAAUGCUCUCACAGUUCUUCAACAGCUUGUUGUGUUUCUUGAUUUGGAUAAGAGACCAUCCAUAAUCCUUUAGCUCCAAAACAAGCUUAGAGGAAAGUCAGUUGGGAUGUGGAUCUUUUGGAUUUCUGUUUUUAUACAUAGAUAUAGAAGUGGGGAUGAUCUGAUUUGUUGAGAUAUGGUCUCAAUUUCCAUCUGAUCUUUAAAGAACUUCAAAGGUACAGAAGUGAAACUGUUAGUGUAGUUUUUAGCUUGUUUUAUGUCAAAUUUUGAACUAAAUGAAGACUACAUUUGCU